AGCCUGGCCGCGCCAAAAACCCCUACAGCAAAGCUGUGCCGGGGUCUGGGGUCGCUGAGAAUCAGUGUGGGCGGGAUCAACGGUUUCCUCUGCACUCAAUGCAACGCAAUAGGAUGGCGAACAACCAACCAGAGUGAUGAGGAAUGAUUACGUAUUGCAGCGCGACAGGAAGUACUUGGUAGAGUGUAGGCAGUAGGAAAUAGAACGAAUGCCAGGCCAGCGAGCGAGCGUAUUCUCUACGGGCUAAUGUCAGAGUGAGAGGAAAGAUUUACCAACUAGCACUCCAAUCUGCUAUUGUAGAGACUGCACGCGAACUACGUGAACAUGGAAGUGAAUGAUUGUUGCCGUUUUUGCAACAAAAAUAUGCGAAUAUCUGGCGUGAUUUCUAAUUCAGCACUUAUCUUUGACAGCCAGAAAGAAAAACAAACCAUUGCUGACAGAUUAAUGCAGGUUGGCGUGUCGGUGUUGAAAACACAGACAAAAUCGAACAGAAUUUGUAGGCCUUGUGUGCGGUUACUAACGAGAAUGGAACAGGACCUGCCGGUGUUCCGAAGAUGGGUGCAGGAGGAGGGAGCAUCCACCACGACUUCAGAUACCUCUGGUUCUACACAGAAACGUGACCGCGAGCCGACUCCAUCCAAAACACCAAGGGCAUUGAAAAAGUUCUGUGAUAAACCAGCAAGUCCGGGAAAAGGGGCUGCCGUUCGUGUCAACAUCGCCCAGGUCAUUUCUGAUCAAGAGGUGCACAAAUCUGAGAAUGCUUUGUUGGUGAAACAUAUCAUGAACAAAAAAUGGAAAGCAGCGGCCAAACUAAUCAUGAAGCAUGAGGAGCUUUCACAGGAAGUGAAGGCCAGCAUCCUUACAGUCAUUGAAGGUGAAUCCAGAGCACUCUGCGACCCCAGCAAGAAAUGCAUGUUGUGGAGGUCUUCACCAGAAGAUUUGAGUUCUUUCUCAUUUAGCAGCCUGGAGUCAGACCUGCAGCGCCUCUCACCACUCCUCUUGUCCAUCUUCACAACCAUCACAAAACACUCACGUUUUGUCACCUGUGCUGCUGCUGCAAUUGCAUUAAGAGGUAGAGAAAAUCGCCUGUCUGGGUUCGCUUACUACAUCAACUGCAUUCUGCAAUAUGGGGGUGCAAAGAAAGCAGUGUUUGAAAGGCUCAGCAAAUUUGCCAUUUCAACAACAUACAAGAAUGCUAUUGGAAAGCAGAAGGAAUUGGCAAACAAUUGUGGAUCUGGUCUUUGGUCAUUGAAGAGGCAAAACGAAGAAUUCCUGGCAAUUGAAGCUGGGUGUCAGCCUGUCAGUGAAGAGCAGGACGAAACCUCCAUAGAUGCCUGGACGGAGUCUGAGAUGAUACCCGGUGAUGUGUUCCGAAGUAUGGAAGACCUUCGAUUAUCAGGAGAAUUGGCUGAAAGCUGUGCCACAGACCAGGCCACAUCAGGGGAAGGGAUCACAUCUGAGCUGGCUGAAAACGUCACGGAGCAGGCAACAUCAGAUAAAGAGUUGAGGACCUCAUCAGAGAUGACUGAAGGAAGUGCCGUGGACCAGGGUUCUGGACAUGAUUACCCAUUAGGACUGCUUUUCAAAGAUGAAAACAAAUCUGCCGAUUUGGCAGAAGUACUUCAUCACUUCCAGAACACGUAUGUACCAAAACAGCCUGAUGGGAUUUCAACCAUUUUGGUUGGAGGCGACAGGCUUUCCGAAGCAAACAGCAGAAACCUGCAGUGGGCCUAUGCCAAUGGUCUGAAUACGGAGGAGCGAUUGGAUGGCAUGGAAUUCAUGUUUGAGGACUGGCAUGCGAUUAGGAUGCUAUUUCAAAUCCACUACAAAGUGUUCUUCAGUGAGAAAUCUGCAAAGGACCAUGGGACUCUGUGCGCCAACAUGACAAAGUUGAGGUGCAGCAAUGCGAAACAGGGUCCCAAGGCUGCCUACAACGCAUACAAACAUUUUGUCAUCACAGACACUACUGCGCUGCUUCUGACGGCUGCCAUGGAGCACUUUGGCCUGAAGGAUAUCGAAGACAUCCCGGAAUCGUUUGUUCCUGAGGACAUUGCAUCAGGAUCAACAGACACGAGGCGAACAUGGUUGCAUGCCAAAUCUGCUGAGGUGGUCGAUAAGUACAUCCUGCUUGGGGAUGUGGUUGAGGCCAUGACUGGUCUCGGCGAAGCAGAUGUGACAUCGACUCAGGCAAAGCAGUACCCUUGUCGAGCGCCAGGCUGUCAGCAGGUAUACACCUAUCCCAAAUACAGAGACAAUCACGAGCUUAAAAAGCACAACUUACACGUGUCCCCCGAAACAUUGCCUGGUACAUCACUCAACAAAGACCACAAGCAGGAACAUACCUUGGCGCGUCUCAGCUUCAGCUUUCUCCUUUGGGACAUGCUGGAUGCUGUGAAAGAGGGUGACGGAGAACGACUGAUGAGGCUGUACAAAGUAGCUCUGCUCUUCUACAAAGCCCAUGCGCACAGCCACUAUGCAUACAGUACGUUACUCCUGACACUUCAGGUGAAUGCGUGUCUGACGCCUCGGAUGUCGCACAGCGUGACCUGGAACAGGUUUUGGAGCACUAGGGGAGGGAAUGGAGGCAACAUCCCCUUAGACCUUCAUUUAGAACACCUCAACAACUUCCUGAAGUCUUUCUUGAAGGGUCAGGGUCCAAACCUGUCUGAAGAGUCUGCUAGCCGAGUCAGCAAGGCCAUAGGCGUUUUGAAAGAGAUAAUGGACAAAGUUGAUACUGAACUGGGUGUGAAAAAGCCAAGUGGCAUCCAUCGUGCUGAGCAGCAGACACAGGAUAUAUUGACUCUGAUUAAUGUUUUCAGGGAGGGUCAACUGUUGUCAAAGAUACCUGGAAGGGAAUUUCGGGCUUUCCCGAAGUUUGACAGCAAUCUGUUGCACAAAAUGAAAAAAAAGGAAAUGUGGGAGUGGAUGAUGCUCAAACUGAAAGAGUGGAGAAAACUGAAAAAAUAAAUCUCACUCAUUGGUAGUUUCUUGUCUUGUGAAGUCCCUAUAGGUACCUUCAGAUCUAUGCAGUACUUAUUUAAGCAUUAACACUUGAUGACUCAUAAUUGCACCCUUACCUUUCUGCACUUUACCAUGCAUUCAGUUUGUCAAAAUAUUGUCUAGACUGUUACAGGCCUCUUCUAACAGGCGUAUUUAAUUUCACUUAUUUAGCACAAUUUUUCGGUGUUUGCUGCGAGUAUCUCGACUUGUAAAACAUGUUUAAACUCAAUUGAACCAGCCAGUUCCAACCCAGUCACUUUAAAGCACAUUGUAUGUAACAUUGUCACUUUUUUUUUUACUUUGUAUCUACAG